AUUAAAAAUGUAAGUUCUAUUUAAAAAUUACUAUUGCUAAAAGAAAAUCUGUAAAUUCAUUGAACCUUCUUCUCUUUCCUGAUUCUAUAGUCUAGUCCCAAAGUAUUUAUCUCCUCCUUGCUUUCUUUGUAUUGCAACUUGUCAUCUUCUUCACUUUGAUAUCUUCUUACUAGCUUUUAUACCAAACUCUAUAUCACCAACUUUGCUCAAGGAGUUUAUUUCUAAGAACUUAACACUUUAUUGCUUUCUCAAGAAAAUCUUCUCCCAGCCCUCAAGAAUAAGAAACUCUUUCUCUUUUAGAUGAGCCGUGAAAUCUCCAGUCUACAAAGCGACAUGGUAAACAUUCAACACCAAUAUUCUUCGACCAACAUCAACAACAAGAAAAACAUGGAUACGAGAAGAGAUAACCAAAACGACAGGAGUUCCCGCGGAUCAGCUCAAGCUCCUAUGAUGAGUAACCAAGAACAUUUCGGGACAUUGUCGUCCUCUCAGAGCAGCAGACCGAGGAAGCUAAUAACGGCGAGUUACUUCAGUUUAGAGUCAGUGCUUGUUCUUGUUGGUCUCACAGCAUCUCUCUUGAUCCUUCCCUUGAUUCUUCCACCAUUGCCUCCUCCUCCCUUCAUGCUGCUCCUCAUUCCUAUUGGGAUUAUGGUUUUGCUUAUGGUUCUUGCUUUAAUGCCUUCUUCUUCUUCUUUAAUGCCAAACAUGUAACAACACGCUCUUACAUGUAACAUAACGCUUUCUGUUUUGUCUAGUUUUGUUAAUUUUUUCCAUUACAUAAAAAAACGUUCCAGAGGAAGAGAUUUUGUAUAACUAUAUUUCAUUUGUAAAACUUUUUAUUUUAUGGAAUAUUAUUAUUAUCAAAA